GUCUGCCCCAAACACCAUUAGAAAAUGGGAGGCAAUGCGAGGCAACGGUAAAAGGAAGGGGAGACAGAGAGAGAGAUGGAGAUCGUAUGGCAAACCCCAGCAAACCCUCCGGAGCGCCACGAUUACAUAUUCCGCAACGGGAAGCGUCACGUCAGGCCUUAUUACUUCGAGUUCAUCUCUCAUGUUAAGAAUCGAUGGGCUGGGAAAACGAUUGUGGAUCUGUUCGCCGAAGAGUUCAAAGGAAGGCCCUACGAUUAUUACGUUAGUGCUGUAAAGUCUGGGAGGAUCCAAGUUGAUGGACAAAUUGUUUCAGUUUCAUAUAUAGUUCAACCAUCCCAAAAGAUAAGCCACUUCUUACACAGGCAUGAACCACCAGUGUUGGCCUUGGAUGUAUCAAUUCUGCAGAGAGAACCUGAUGUUCUGACAGUCUGUAAGCCUGCAUCUGUUCCGGUACAUCCAUGUGGUCAGUAUUGUAAGAACACAGUUGUUGGCAUCCUUCAGGCGGAACAUGGCUUGUUUCCUCUAUUUCCUGUACAUCGACUAGAUCGCCUGGUCUCUGGACUUCUUAUCUUAGCAAGAACUGCAGCUAAAGCAGACGUAUUUAGGCAACAGAUUGAAUCUGGGAAGGUGCAUAAACAGUAUAUUGCAAAGGUUAUUGGGGAAUUUCCCGAGGAAGAGCAAAUUGUCAACGUCAAUGUCAAUUACAAUGCCAGAGAAGGGAAGAGUUCAGUUGAGGAGGGAAACAGUUUUGGUGGGACAGCCUUGAAGGGAAAGGUUGCAUGCACAAAGUUUACAAGGAUUGGUACCGAUGGAACUCAUAGUAUUGUAUUAUGUGAACCAAUCACUGGCCGGACUCAUCAGAUCCGUGUUCACUUGCAAUAUACGGGCCACCCCAUAGCCAAUGAUGUGCUGUACCUAUCUGAAACUGUUGCGGAUCGUUCUAUUGAAGGAACAACAGCUGACAGAGCAGCGGUAGUUAAUUCAGACCAUUCUCCGGCAUCUGUUUUUUCUUGUAAUGCUGAUUUGGAGGAAUAUGAAGAGAAUUCCUGUGAGGGUUUCAGCAUUGAUCCUAUGUGUACUAAUUGUCCAAAUUUGACUCCUAAAGGAUAUGGCGGACAUGAAGAGGGUUUGUGGCUUCAUUGUGUGAAGUACUCAGGUCCUGGGUGGAUUUAUGAAUGCCCAUAUCCAAGUUGGGCAUCUCUUAGUUAAUCUCUCUCUCACACAAUUUUAUGAUUAGGUUGGGUGCGAGCAUGAAGGUAUGUCUUUCAAGCAAAAAUCAUUACAGAAAAGAUGUCAAGAAUAAUGUAUCAGUUUUUAAGCAUAAAUCUACCCUAGGUGUCAAAGUUGCAGAAAUUUCUUCAGCACAGUGGCACUAAUGAGGUGAAAGCAUAUUUUUGGAACAAUAUGGUCGGGCAAACAAGCGGUACUUCUCACUUAUGCUUUUCAUAUUCAAGUUGCAUUAGAUUAGAGAUUCCAAAGACAUAUUUAUUAUAAUACUAAUGUGAUUAAAGUAAACUAGUAUUGCCCUUCAAUGGACCAGUGACUCUGCUGGCUUCACAGGGCUGAAGUAGCAAACUUGAUCUUCAAGGUUACAAUAUACUUACAUCCAUGGAUGUUACUUUCA